AUAUCUGUCGCUAAAGUCGCACACGCUUCGAACAAAAGAAAUAGUGAAUAACCUUAAGAAUCGUGAGAGAUGCAUUAAUACUAUGUUUUUAUGUACGAAUAAAAGAAUGUUAGAAAGUGGUAAUAUAAAUACAUGGUUUUAUUUUAUUAUUAAGUGAAAAUUAAUAUACAUCAAAAGAUAUGGUACGGUUAAUGAAAUAAGAAUGUUAUUCUUGUUUGAUGAUAUUGUCUUAAUAAGUGUUAUAUGGUUCUAAAUGCCAUAAAAGCACUGAGCAUCGAGAAUAAUGUCUGGAAAUUGCGAAUCAUUAUCAAAGCCUAUUAUGUACAAGUCACAAUUUGUUGGUAUUGAUGACGAACCAUGCAAUUCAAAAUGUUUAUUCUGUGAGAACUCAUUUAUUCUUCCUACAAAUGAGAAAGAUUUCUUAACGCAUUUGUUCAAAGAACAUCGCCUUGUCAUAGGCGAUGUUUGGAAAAUAGCAAGUUUGAAAAGUUAUAUACAUUAUUGGGGCAAUAGAUUCAAAGAACAGCCCAUAACUGAUUUUUGUACUACAUUAUUAAUGGAUUGUACAUCAGAUGGGAAAUCAAGUAAAAACGAAAGUUACUUUUUGCUUUCUGAUUGUAUCUCAGAGGAUAAAACAUUAAGAGAUGAAAUAUAUAGGGUCAAACUGGAAUGGGUACUAGCAAAACAAUCUGAGGAAAGAAGUGAUACUAGCUUUACACGUGGCUGUAUGUUUUGUAAAAUGAACUUUUCCGUAUCACGUAUUAUUUAUAUAAAACAUCUCUCAGAGAAGCAUAAUUUGUAUCUUGGAAAACCAGAAAAUUUAGUUUUUAUCGAUGAACUUUUAGAUAAAAUACAACAUAGUAUUGAAAGUUUAAUUUGUAUAUACUGUGAAAAAGUUUUCAAGGAUCGUACGGCAUUGAAAGAGCACAUGCGUAAAAAGUUACAUAAACAAAUAAAUCCAUACAAUAAAACAUUUGAUAAGUUUUAUAUAAGUAAUUAUUCAGAUCCCAGCAGAACAAGGAAAUAUCAAAAACAUUACAAAUACACUAAAGAUACUGGAUUAAGCAGUGAAAGUGAAGAUGAAGAAUUGUCAUGGUCUGAUUGGAAUGAUGAAAGUAUUAGUAUAUUUUGUUUAUUCUGUAAUCAUUCUGAUAAAGAUUUUCCUACUAUUUUACAACAUAUUAAAGAACGACACAAUUUUGACUUUAAAGAGGCAUCAAAAGAUUUAACCUUUUAUCAGAAAGUAAAACUGGUAAAUUAUAUAAGGGGGCGAAUUCAUAUACAAUGUUGCAUUUUAUGUGAGGAAAAGUCAGACAACAUAUUGGAACACAUGAAUGAGAAAGAUCAUUACAAAAUACCUAAACAAUAUAUAUGGGAUCAACCAGAGUUUUAUUUCCCUAUGAAUGAAAAUGAUUCAUUUUUAUAUAAUUUGGAUACAGAUAAUGACAGCUCAGAAGAAAAUGAUAUUGAAAGUACAUUUAAAGAUUUAUCUGUUACAUCCAAUGAUAAUACAAAUAGUAUACACUGUUAAUUUUUUAAGAAAUAAUUGAAUAUAUAUCAAAUGAAAUGUUAUUGUUUUCAUGAUAUCAAUUUGAUCAAGUACUUUUUGGUUAUAUUUUUUAGUGAUAUUUUGCAUUUUCUAUU